AUGAAAUUAACGUUAACGCCGUCGAAGAAAUCAAAUGAAAGUGAUACAUCGACGGACAACGACGUUCGCAUCCAUGAAGGUUCGUCUUACCAAGCAAAUAUUCCUGUUCUUAAUUGUCUGCCAACAUCAACCGAUCAUGAUGCUAUUCUCUUCUGGAAACCGACGGAUUUAGUAAGCGACGAUGAAUUAUUGAAGUAUCUCAAUUAUGCUCGACGAAAACAUCGAAUGAACGAAGAACAAGCCUUAGCUAUCUUGCAAAUAUGUAAAUACAAAAUAAAUACUAGUCAGUUAUUAAUGGAACAAUACGCGCCGGAAAAUGAUGAAUGGUCAGUCGAAGAGAAAUUUCUGUUUGAACAAGCUUAUAAAUUCUAUGGGAAAACGUUUUCACGUAUUCGACAAAUGCUACCUGAGAAAACGAUAUCCGAACUAGUUCGAUAUUAUUAUUCGUGGAAGAAAACACGAUUGUACAAAAGUCUUAUGGAUAAACAUGAAAAACAAUGUCAAUUAAUGCCUUACGAUGAAGAUGAGGAAAGUGAUGAAGAAGAACGGAACACCACAUCAGUGUCCAUCCCAACCAAAGAUUUAGAUCAUCGUUCGAAAGCAACAACAGCAAUCGAUUCAACGACUGAUGAAGAUCAAGAAUGUUGCAAUUGUGAAAUACAAUGUGAAUCAACGCAUUCAACGCCGAAAGGUAUUCUGUGCGACGAAUGCUUUGCUUACUGGCAAAAAUCAGGUCUUAUGCGUCCGGAAUUGUAUCGAAGUAAAGCCCCGGUGAAAAAGAUCAAACGACCACCGAAGAACAUGUCAGUGGAUAUCAAAACGUUAACAUCGACAACACUCGACGAUGCGCUAGAUAAAUUAGAAGAAGAUAUUCGCAAUGAGUGGUCGAUCAUUCAAUCUCAUAAUCAGACAAUUGAACUUCUAACCAAUCAAUCUCGAGAGGGUAUCGAUACGAUGCAAAUUCCAUUUUUAACGUCGGAUCUGAGCUCAACUGAUACGACAACGUCAACAUGGUCAACCGAAGAGAUUCUGCUCGCAAUUCAAGCCUUCGCAAAGUACGGAAAGGAUUUUGCAACGGUCGCACGUCUUAUUGGCUCGACGAAAACGGUUGACGAUGUGGAAACAUUUUUUCUCGAAUGUCGAGAACGUUAUCAACUCGAUAUGGUUGUCGACACGUACUCGAAAUCGAAUUCUAAUGUGCAAAAGAAAGCGGAUGAGAUUGUUUUUGUUAAUUCAAUAUGA